AUGGUACUGAGAGUAGAGGAGCUGGUAACAGGGAAGAAGAAUAGCAAUGGGGCCACAGGGGAAUUCCUUCCUGGGGAUUUCAGAGAUGGAGAAUAUGAAGCUGCCGUUGCUUUGGAGAAACAAGAGGAUUUGAAGACACUUCCAGUCCACCGCGUGAACCUGGAGGAGGAACAACAGAAGCGUGAGAAACAGCGAGAGGCAGAGCUCAAAAAGAAAAAACUAGAACAAAGGUCAAAGCUUGAGAACUUAGAAGACCUUGAAAUAAUCGUUCAGCUGAAGAAAAGAAAAAAGUACAAGAAAACUAAAGUUCCAGUUGUGAAGGAGCCAGAACCGGAAGUUAUUACUGAACCCGUGGAUGUGCCGAGGUUUCUGAAAGCUGCACUGGAGAACAAACUGCCUGUCGUAGAGAAAUUUCUGUCAGACAAGAACAGCCCCGAUGUCUGUGAUGAGUAUAAACGGACCGCUCUCCAUAGAGCAUGCUUAGAAGGACACUUGGCAAUUGUGGAGAAGCUAAUGGAAGCUGGAGCCCAGAUUGAAUUCCGUGAUAUGCUUGAAUCCACAGCCAUCCACUGGGCAUGUCGUGGAGGAAACCUGGACGUCCUGAAACUUUUGUUGAACAAAGGCGCCAAAAUCAGUGCUCGAGACAAGCUUCUCAGCACAGCUCUGCACGUGGCAGUGAGGACUGGUCAUUACGAGUGUGCGGAGCAUCUCAUCGCCUGCGAGGCGGAUCUCAACGCCAAGGACAGAGAAGGAGAUACCCCACUGCACGAUGCUGUGAGGUUGAAUCGUUAUAAGAUGAUUCGGCUCUUGAUGACCUUCGGGGCGGACCUCAACGUCAAGAACUGUGCUGGGAAGACCCCCAUGGACCUGGUCCUGCACUGGCAGAAUGGAACCAAAGCAAUAUUCGACAGCCUCAAAGAGAAUGCCUACAAAACCUCUCGCAUAGCUACAUUCUAAGGAAGGAGACUCUCGA